ACUACCUACUUUUUUUAUAAGACCUUUACAAAUGAAGUAUAACUAAUAGUUGUUCAGGUUCAGCAACAGUCGAUUACCAUUUAAAAGCAAAUUACUUAUAAUUUUGUGCAAGUAAUAAAAAACUUAUCAUAAAUAGUCUUUCAUUUUAACAUAUUAUAAAUAGUCUUUCAUUUUCCUCUCAUCAUGUAUCUCAAUUCUAGUAUUCUUCCCAUCAAUGUAAAAGAAACAAAAAUAACAAAAUGCGAAUUCUUGUUUUCUUCUUGUUUAUUCACUGUCUGAAUAUUAGCUUCAUCAAUGGCGCAAUAUUAUCAGAACAAGAAGCAUUAUUAGCUAUUAAAUCUGCCAUUAAAGAUGAUCCUUUUAAAAGACUAUCAUCUUGGAAAAACACUACUCACCAUUGCAAUUGGUCGUUCGUCACUUGCUCUUCGUCUUCUCACUCUCCCACUAUCGUUUCCCUAGACUUCUCCUACUUAUAUCUCAAUGGUACUCUCUCUCCUCAAAUCGGUUUUCUUACAAACCUGCAAAACCUAUCUCUCCAAGAUAACUAUUUUUAUGGGAAUGUCCCGUCUUCUCUUCCUCUCCUUACAAAACUCCAAUAUCUCGACCUUAGCAAUAACAGCUUUAGUGGUCCACUCCCUUUAUUUGUUAAUAUGUCGGAGCUUCGGUGCCUUUACCUUCGUCAGAACGACUUUUCUGGUACAAUAUCGCCAGAGUUUAGUAAACUUCAAAAGCUUCAAGUUUUGGAUCUUUCUUUCAACAAUUUUUCGGGAUUACUUCCUUUUGAAUUAGGAUUCUUAAAGAGGUUGAAAAGUUUAGACUUAUCAAUUAAUCAAUUACAUGGUGAGAUACCAAAUUCUUUUUCUCUUCUUACAAAUUUGAUUGAUUUGGAUUUAUCAUAUAAUCAAUUACAUGGUGAGAUACCAAAUUCUUUUUCUCUUCUUACAAAUUUGAUUUAUUUGGAUUUAUCACAUAAUAAUCAAUUACAUGGUGAGAUACCAAAUUCUUUUUCUUUUCUUACAAAUUUGAGUUAUUUGUAUUUAUCAAUUAAUCAAUUACAUGGUGAGAUACCAAAUUCUUUUUCUCUUCUUACAAAUUUGAGUGUUUUGGAUUUAUCAUAUAAUCAACUCACGGGUCAGUUACCUGUCAACAUUGGAAAGCUUACGAGUCUUUUUUAUUUGUCGGUUGCCAACAAUAACUUGAUUGGAAAAAUCACACCACAGAUUACAGGAUACAAUAUCACGAAUUUUAAAAACUUGUCUAUCUGCAACUUGGUUUAUCUUGGAAUCCUUGAUUUAUCUUAUAACAAGUUUAAUGGAGAAGUUCCUCAUUGCUUGGGCAAUACUAGUACUCAAUUAGCUGUACUGAAUCUCCAAUCAAAUAAUUUCAAGGGCAUCAUUCCAUCAGCAUUAUUUUCUACUUGUGAUUUAUUGGAAUAUGUAGAUUUCACUGACAAUCAGUUAGAAGGAGCUAUACCUCGGUCUUUAUCUAAAUGUAGAAACCUGAGAGUCCUAAAUUUGAGGAACAACAAAUUCAAAGAUCUAUUUCCAUACUGGUUAGGUAGCCUUCCAUCUUUAGAGGUUCUCAGCCUAUCGUUUAAUAAAUUUCAUGGUGAUAUAACCAAUAAUUUAUCAAUAAUUGCAACAUUUCCUUUUUCAAAUCUACAAAUUCUCGACCUUUCAAACAAUAAUUUUUGUGGUAAAUUGCCAUUCAUGUACAUGAAACAAUUUCGUUCUAUGAUGGACGACAUGUCUACUAUAGGAAGUCCAAGGUACUUAGAAAAUAGUAGAGAUGGUGAUUAUAUGUUCUCCAUCAAGAUGACAGUAAAGGGGGUGGAACUGGAUUAUAGGAAGAUAAUUACUUCUAUGUCAACAUUUGAUAUGUCUAAUAAUCACUUUGAAGGAGAGAUUCCAAAUUCUAUAGGGAUGUUGCGAGCACUUCGAAAUCUUAAUCUCUCGCAUAACCUCCUUACCGGAAACAUCCCUUCCUCCAUCGGGAACUUAUCAUUGUUGGAUGGUUUAGAUCUAUCAUCAAAUAGGCUUAUCGGUGAAAUCCCUCAAGAACUUGUUAGUUUAACAUUUCUCGGGGUUUUUAGUGUUUCAUAUAAUCAACUGGAAGAGCCUAUACCCCAUGGUAACAAUUUUGAUACCUUCUCAUCUGAUUCGUACGAGGGAAAUCUUGAAUUGUGUGGAGCACCAUUACUUGAGUGCAAAAACAAUACUGUUGUGCAAUCUUUGAACAAUGAUAAUGUGGAAGAAAAAACAGAAUUAUCGAUGUGGGAAGUUGUAGUGAUUGGAUUUGGAAGUGGUACAAUAGUUGGUUUGGCUUGGGGGUACUACAUAUUAUUAGUGGGGAAGCCUUUAUGGCUUUUUAAAUUGUUGAACAAGAUGGAAUGGGCUUUACUUCAUUUUCAUGACCACCAUUUCAGUAGAAGAAGUAGAACAAGAAGAACAAAGAACUAA